GGGCAGAGCCCGGCCGGCCGGCCGGCGGGGGGAGGGCUGCAGCAGGGCCCGGGUGCGCGUUGCUGACGGUGUUUUUAACCCCUAGAUGGUCUCUAGCGAGCCGCCGCUGCUGCCGGUGUCACUGGAGGGCGAGUUCUCCAAUAGCAUGAAGGAGAUGAUCGGCGGCUGCUGCGUGUGCUCCGACGAGAGGGGUUGGGCCGAGAACCCGCUCGUCUACUGCGACGGCCACGGCUGCAAUGUCGCAGUGCAUCAAGCUUGCUAUGGAAUUGUGCAAGUACCCACUGGACCUUGGUUUUGCAGGAAGUGUGAGUCUCAGGAAAGAGCAGCCAGAGUGAGAUGUGAGUUAUGCCCUCAUAAAGAUGGUGCUUUAAAAAGAACAGAUAAUGGGGGUUGGGCUCAUGUGGUUUGUGCCCUGUACAUUCCCGAGGUGCAGUUUGCAAAUGUUUCUACAAUGGAACCUAUCGUGUUGCAGUCUGUUCCUCAUGAGCGUUAUAAUAAGACGUGCUAUAUUUGUGAUGAACAAGGCAGAGAAAGCAAAGCAGCCACUGGUGCUUGCAUGACAUGUAAUAAACAUGGAUGUCGACAAGCUUUCCAUGUAACAUGUGCUCAGUUUGCAGGACUGCUUUGUGAAGAAGAGGGCAAUGGUGCAGAUAAUGUCCAGUACUGUGGCUACUGUAAAUACCAUUUUAGUAAACUGAAAAAGAGCAAACGGGGAUCUAAUAGGUCAUAUGAUCAAAGUUUAAGUGAUUCUUCCUCUCACUCUCAGGAUAAACAUCAUGAGAAGGAGAAAAAAAAACAUAAAGAAAAAGACAAACACAAACAAAAAUACAAGAAGCAAUCGGAAUCCUCACCAUCUUUGGUUCCAUCUCUUACUGUAACUACAGAGAAAACCUACACAAGUACUAGCAACAACUCAAUGCCAGGCUCCUUGAAGAGGUUGGAGGAUACCACAGCUCGAUUUACAAAUGCAAAUUUCCAGGAAGUCUCUGCACAUACUUCAAGUGGAAAAGAUGCUUCAGAGGCAAGAGGGUCAGAGAGCAAAGGGAAGAAAUCUGCAGGUCACAGCUCAGGUCAGAGGGGAAGAAAGCCUGGUGGUGGAAGGAAUCCAGGAACAACUGUGUCGGCAGCUAGUCCUUUUCAGCAAGGUAGUUUUUUGGGGACACCUGGCAGUAUAAAAUCAUCUUCUGGAAGUUCAGUACAGUCACCCCAAGAUUUCUUGAGCUUUACAGAAUCAGAUCUACGUAAUGACAGCUAUGCUCAUUCCCAGCAGACUUCAUCAACCAAAGAUGUACAUAAAGGAGAGACUGGAAACCAAGAAGGGACUGUGAAUUGUUUUAGUUCCUUAAUUGGCCUCUCAUCAUCCUCAGCUGUUGUUUCCCAGUCUAAAAGUUUUGACAGCUCACCUGGUGACUUGGGUAAUUCAAGCAUUAUUUCAACAGGAUACAAGCGAGCUCAGACUUCUGGGAUAGAAGAAGAGACUGUAACAGAAAAGAAACGGAAGGGAAAUAAGCAAAGUAAACAUGGGCCUGGUCGACCCAAAGGAAAUAAAAGUCAGGAGAGUAUUUCCCACCUAUCGGUGUCUUCUGCUUCCCCAACUUCAUCUGUGGCAUCUGCUGCAGGCAGUGCAACAAGUUCUAGUCUUCAGAAAUCACCAACAUUGCUCAGGAAUGGCAGUAUACAAAGUCUUAGUGUUGGCUCAUCUCCAGUGGGGUCAGGUAUUUAUAGCAGCAAUGAUGUAGCAGUAUCAUUUCCAAAUGCAGUAUCUGGCUCAGGAUCUAGCACUCCAGUUUCCAGUUCUCAUUUACCUCAGCAGGCUUCCAGUCACUUGCAGCAAGUGGGAGCUUUAUCACCUUCAGCCACACCUUCUGUAACUACUGUUGUUGCUGCAACUCAGGCAAACAGUCUACCUGGAUCUUCCCUCAGUUUGCCUUCAUCCCACAUGUAUGGCAAUAGACUGAAUCCUAAUUCAUCAAUGGCAGCACUUAUAGCUCAGUCUGAAAACAGUCAAGCAGAUCAAGAUCUUGGAGAUAAUAGCCGCAGCCUUGGCAGGGGAGGUUCACCCAGAGGAAGUCUCUCACCACGAUCGCCUGUAAGCAGCUUACAGAUUCGCUAUGAUCAGUUGGGGAACAGUAGUGUGGAAAACUUGCCCCCAGUAGCUGUCAGCAUAGAACAGCUUUUGGAGCGGCAGUGGAGUGAAGGACAACAGUUUUUAUUAGAGCAGGGCACCCCAAGUGACAUUUUAGGAAUGCUGAAGUCAUUACACCAACUUCAAGUUGAAAAUCGACGGCUAGAGGAACAGAUUAAAAGUCUAACUGCAAAAAAGGAGCGACUUCAGCUACUAAAUGCACAGCUUUCAGUUCCCUUUCCAACAAUAACUUCAAACCCCAGCCCAUCUCAUCAAGGGCAUACGUUUCCAGCACAAGCUGCACCUAGCACUGAUUCCUUGAACAGCAGUAAGAGUCCUCAUCUGGGAAACAGUUUUUUACCUGACAAUUCCCUUCCUGUAUUAAAUCAGGAGAUAACCUCCAGCGGACAAAGCACCAGCAGUUCAUCAGCCCUUUCCACUCCACCACCUGCUGGGCAAAGUCCAGCUCAGCAAGCCUCAGGAGUCACAGGAGUUCAACAGGUCAAUGGUGUGACGGUGGGGGCACUAGCUAGUGGUAUGCAGACUGUAACAUCCACCAUUCCUGCAGUGCCUGGUGUGGGUGGAAUAAUUGGAGCUUUGCCAGGUAACCAGCUGGCAAUCAAUGGAAUUGUAGGGGCUUUAAAUGGGGUAAUUCAGACCCCUGCCACAAUUGCUCAGAACCCCUCUCCUCUCACUCAUGCAACUGUGCCACCUAACGUAGCGCAUCCUCUGCCAACAACACUCAAUAACAGUGCCUCUGGACUAGGGUUACUUCCUGACCAACAGAGACAACUUCUGCUCCAUCAGCAGCACCAGCAAUUUCAGCAGUUAUUGAAUACUCAACAGCUCACAUCAGAACAGCAUCAGGCCCUUCUCUAUCAACUGGUACAGCAACAGCAUCACCAACACCAACACCAUCAGUCUGAAGUACAAUUGCAGAUACCAGGAGCAACCCAGAUACCCAUAAAUAACUUGCUUUCAGGCACUCAGGCAUCACCUCUUCAUACAGCUACUACCAACCCAUUUCUUACAAUUCAUGGAGAUAAUACAGCUCAAAAAGUGACGAGGAUUAAUGAUAAAACUGGACCAGUUGCACCAGAGAAGAGUUGACAUUUGAGAAAUAUUUGAGAACUGCAUACCAUGCUGUUAAAGCACUUCAUCUGGCUGCUAACCGCAGUCUUACUUUCUGCAGAUGCAAGGAUGCAAACUAGCUGCACAGCAAAAGAUUAAUCUUCACAAGGACAUUGUUGUAAGGCUUUGAUUUACUUUCUUGUUGCACUGAAAGGAAACUUCUUUUCCAAAUUUCACAGACUAAAACAUUAUUGCAAACCAUAAUUAAUUUGUCAAUUUGACAAUAUUAAAUGCAACAGAUUCAACCAUGGAAAAAUUAUCUGUGGUGCUCAUCUUAUAUUUUUGUUAUAAAUUGGAGAGCUAGUAAAUUGAAAAACACCUAUUCCAGUCACAUUUUACUUGGGUUUGAAGUUGUCUUAAGCAAAACCAAAAAACCCUUAACCCAGCCCACCUAAUCUUUUGCUGCAGCUGCAAUAUGCUUUCAGACCCAGGUUGUAAUGGUUGUCUGGACUGCCUAUUAGUUGUUUUUCUUUUACAAAUAUGUUUUAAAAUUUGACUUGUGAUGCAAAGGAUAUAGUUCUGAACUUUUUACUCCAUCAAAUUCUAUUGGCCCAUAAUGGGAAUUCUGCCAGAGUAAGUUUCAAGAUGGAGUCCAAAGGUUGUUAACUUUGGUUUGGGUUUUUGGAGUUCUGCGGUUGCUGGAGAAACUAAAUCAAUUAAAACAAACAAACAUAAAAACCCUUGCCAGAUCAAAAGGCCAAUCUGGAAAAUAUCAGAUGUAUAUGGCCUAAACUAAGUGCCUGUUGCUACCUCCAUUUUGUUUAAAUGGCUGCAGACAGCUGAUCAUGCACUAGACAAGUCCUUAUAAGCAGCAGGAAUAUUUGAUAUUGCACCAGCAGCCUUCCCCAUUGUUCUGCCUUUAUUAGAAGUGUUUUUGCCACUGUAGAUAGCUCAGGCAAAUUGUUACCUGGGUCACUUCCACUAAUAACUUACCAAAAAAGUGAGUAUGUAGUUAACAUUUUCCACUGAAAUUUCAGUGCUUAAACUGGAUGAAUUUGUUUUAGAACACUUUCAUCUAGGACAGUUGAUCUCAUGGCAUGACUAUGCAGUAUGGCAGAGUAUAGGUUAAAAUUGGAGUAAUGACCAUUAAUUUGUAUUUAGAAAAGUGAAUUAUUAGUGGAAAAGACCCAGCUGUAAUUAGACCUCCACUGUGUACUUAAUUGGAAGAACAUGUUAAUUCUGCAAUAUGUCUCUUGGUUAAACAUUGCACAGUUCUUACCUCAUUUCUGUAAAUAAAGUUUUGUGAAUCUGUUUUGUAUUGUGAAGAAUUCAUAAGAAAACAUUGAUAUUUUGAUUUGUAAUAUUUCUAAUUAGUACAUUUAAUUGAAAAAGUAAAAAUAAUUUAUUUUUAUAUGUUUCGGGGAAUUUUAAAAAUUGUCACAAAUCACUUUUGUAGAUACUUUACAAAAGUAAAUCAGUGUGGUUUAUUUUACUUAUUUAACCCACUGAUUAAUAUUCUGUAACGAUUUGUACAAAUGGUAAAAUGGAAAUGUGCUGUUAUUUUGCCUAGAUGUAAAAUUCCAAGUGUAUGAAAAGAUAUGUACAAAGCUUUUGUUAAUAAAUUUUAAUAAUGUUUAUAGUUGUACAUGUCACUGCUGUGAGAGGGAUUUUUGCUAAAAGCUGUGGGACAUUCUUUCUCCUUUCAGUUCAGUUCAUAUACCAUGAUUGGCAGGAUUUUAGUAUUUGUUGUAACUGUAAUAAUCAGACAUCAAAUUAUACUAAAUUUGUUUACAACAACCA